AUGGCUGCGGUGAGGAACGAUCAACGGCGCAAGCCAAGCAGCUUAAGAUCUAUUCUUGCGGGCUCUACUGCUGGUGCAAUCGAAAUCGCAAUAACUUAUCCUGCCGAAUUCGCGAAGACUCGGUCGCAACUCAAUCGCAGACUGCCUGACUCCAAGAAACUCCCAUGGCCACCGUUUGGGAAACAAUGGUAUGCCGGCUGUACAACCUUAAUCAUCGGGAACUCUUUAAAGGCCGGUAUUCGCUUCGUCGCCUUCGACACGUUCAAGUCAAUGCUUCAAGAUGAGAAUGGAAAAAUAUCGGGGCCAAGGACAGUUAUAGCUGGCUUUGGUGCUGGAUUCACCGAGUCAUUGCUCGCAGUGACGCCGUUUGAAAGCAUAAAAACCCAAUUGAUCGACGACCGCAAAUCUCCUAAUUCGCGCAUGCGCGGGUUCAUUCAUGGUAGCGGGGUGAUAUUUCGGGAGCGAGGCAUUCGCGGCUUCUUCCAAGGCUUUGUUCCUACUACGGCAAGGCAGGCGGCAAACUCGGCCACUAGGUUCUCGAGCUACACAAUGCUGAAACAAAUGGCGGAAGGUUAUGUUGCGCCUGGCGAAAAGCUAGGGACCGCGAGCACCUUUGCACUUGGAGGCAUCGCAGGUCUGAUUACUGUAUACGUCACACAACCCCUUGACACGGUCAAGACUAGAAUGCAAUCACUAGAGGCGAGCAGAAAUUACAAGAACAGCUUUGUCUGUGCGGCAAGAAUCUUCAAAGAUGAGGGCCUUCUAACAUUCUGGUCCGGAGCUGUUCCAAGACUAGCAAGAUUAAUCAUGAGUGGUGGCAUAGUAUUCACCAUGUAUGAGAAAUCCAUGGACCUGCUUGAUUCCAUAGAUCCAGAAAGGAAAUAUCUAUAA